AUGGCUACAACGAUUCCUUUUCAGGCUCGGUCUGUAGGUUGUGGCAUUCGAAACAGCAUCCUUCGAUACCGUAAUCCCACCGCAGUGCGCUGCUUUACAUUCUCACGCCAUUCCCGGUUCGACACCCAGAGUCAACCGACACCCCGGGCGAAUGAUCAGGUUGCUCAGCUUGCUGCCAGUCGGCGGCAUCCGCUGACACUUGCUGAUUUGUUAAAGCACGGUCGCCCGCCACUGUCGAAAGAUGCCCUGCUUGCCUCCGCUAACUUCACCCUUUCUCUCCUCCCCGCACGCCUAGCCUCCCGUAUUGAAGCUCUGCGGAAUCUUCCGUUUAUCGUCGUCGCAAACCCCCAUGUAUCAAAGAUUUACGGCAACUACGUGCACUCAUUGUCGACUUUACUCCCCUGGCAAAAGCGCCAGGUGACGAAUCUGGAAGAGGAAAACCAAUUCGCCGAGGUGCUUGCAGACCUUGUCCACACACACGCAAACACGAUUCCGAUUCUCGCCAGGGGGUUUCUCGAAUGCCGAAGAUAUAUAGACCCUGCGGAGGUAACCCGGUUUUUAGAUACGCAUUUGCGUGCUCGAAUUGGCACGAGGUUAAUCGCCGAGCAGCAUCUAGCCCUCCAUUUUGCGUCGCUGCCUGUUGGAGAUGGCAUGUCUGGGUCUCAAGAACCGAAAGAAUCGCGGAAGAAUACGAUACCGUCUAAUUAUAUUGGGGUUAUUGAUACUGCCCUGCAACCAGCUCGGAUUGUAAGGACAUGCGAGGAAUUUGUGGGAGAGAUCUGCGAGUUGAAGUACGGAGUGCGCCCACGAUUGGAGAUUGACGGGCAACCGGACGCCAGUUUUGCCCACGUUCCUGUACACGUGGAGUAUAUUCUCACCGAACUAUUGAAGAAUGCUUUCAGGGCGGUUAUUGAGAGCGGAAACGAACGGGAGCCGAUCGAGGUGACAAUUGCGGCUGCACCGGACGUACCGAGCCGCCAAACUCACGAGCCAGUUACGAGGCCGGUAGAGGCCCAAGGCACCCAGUCCCACAGCGAUGUUGGGUUCCAUGUCGACACUGUCGUUGGCACCGCAGACGCAAACGAGUCCAUAAAAUUCUCAACGCCCUCGUCGCAGAGUAUUACACUUCGAAUCCGGGAUAGGGGUGGCGGCAUAUCGCCGGAAGUUUUGCCGCAAGUUUGGUCAUACAGCUUUACGACGUUCUCCGAUUUGGACAUGGGAGAGGGAGGCAGUAGUAUAGACGCCCUGAACACGAUAUCGAACAAUAGUGGCCAGCUGAGCAGUAUCGCUGGGCUCGGAUAUGGGCUUCCACUUAGUAGAGCCUAUGCGGAGUAUUUUGGCGGCAGCAUUGCCGUCCAGAGUCUCUGGGGCUGGGGGACUGAUGUAUACUUGACUUUGAAUGGAAUGCACAACCCCGCAGCGGAAUUCGUGCGACGCUCUGGUCAAUCUUCGGCUGUACACUCGGAGAUAUGGCCGAUUGAUUGCUUUGUGAUUACUUUAUUAAGCACGUCUCGCUCGUCAUGGCCGGCACUCAUAUACCCACUCUCCCCUCCCUUCAACACCAUUGCUGGCCACUUGAUCCUCUGUGCUUUGACUGGGCCUAGAUACUCUAUAUCCAUCGCAAUGUAUACGGCCCCUUCGAUUGAGGUCUACACAGCUUCAUUUGCCUUUUUUGAGGCACUAUGGGAGGCCGGCGUCACCCAUUGCUUCGUCAAUCUUGGCUCUGAUCACCCCUCUAUUCUCGAGGCCAUGGUCAAAGGCCAGAAAGAGAAGCCGGAUGAGUUCCCCAAGAUUGUCACCUGCCCCAACGAGAUGGUGGCCCUAUCGAUGGCCGACGGUUAUGCAAGAUUGACAGGAAAGCCGCAAUGCGUGAUCGUACAUGUCGACGUCGGCACCCAGGGUCUCGGAGCUGCCGUGCACAAUGCCUCCUGCGGGCGUGCACCAGUUCUAAUCUUCGCGGGUCUAUCCCCAUUCACGCUGGAGGGCGAGAUGCGCGGUUCCCGCACCGAGUACAUCCACUGGAUCCAGGACGUGCCUGACCAAAAGCAGAUUGUCUCGCAGUACUGCCGCUACUCGGCGGAUAUCCGGACAGGGAAGAACAUUAAGCAGAUGGUUCACCGGGCGUUACAGUUUGCCACGAGUGAUCCCAAGGGGCCUGUUUACCUUGUUGGAGCACGCGAGGUCAUGGAGGAGGAGAUCCAGCCGUAUAGAGUUAAUCCGCAUGCGGCAAUUGGGGUGGCGCCUUCGGCGCUCCCUUCAGAAGGGGUUGAGCUUAUUGCGUCUGAGCUUGCUGCGGCAAAAGAACCGCUGGUUAUUGUGGGGUAUUCUGGACGUGAAGCUCGAGGGGUGAAGGAGCUGGUGACCUUGGCGGAUACGUUCAAAGGCGUUCGUGUUUUGGAUACUGGUGGAAGUGAUAUGUGUUUCCCGGGAGACCACCCUGCAUCAUUGGGGAUGCGCUAUGGUUUGCAUGAUGCCAUCAAGACAGCAGAUCUCAUUCUUGUGGCUGAUUGCGAUGUGCCCUGGAUACCCACGCAGUGCAGGCCCUCAGAAUCUGCCAAGAUCAUCCACGUUGAUGUUGACCCCCUCAAGCAGCAAAUGCCCGUUUUCUAUAUCCCUGCCAUUGCAACUUUCCGCGCCGAGUCGGCAACUGCGUUCAAGCAGGUCAAUGAAUACGUCUCAUCCAACGAGCGAUUAAAGCAGGUGGUCAACUCAGAGGGAAACACAACAAAAGGGAAAAUCCGAGAAGAGGAAUUCCGCAAAGCACGACGUGCUAUAACAGCGCUCGCAGUAACACCACCAGGCGGCGACGAAGCAGCUCUGAAUGCCCCCUAUCUCAUCAGCCAGAUCCGAAAAGGCUGCCCAAUCGACACUCUCUGGGCGAUCGAGUCCGUAACCCUCACACCAAUCGUCUCCGACCAGAUCGCAGCUACAAUCCCGAACUCUUGGAUCAACUGCGGUGGUGGUGGUCUGGGUUGGUCAGGCGGCGGGGCAUUAGGGAUGAAGCUCGCAACAGACGUAGAGCAUGGCGGAUCUAACAAAGGAAAAUUCGUCUGCCAGAUCGUCGGAGAUGGAACAUACCUCUUCUCCGUCCCAGGAUCCGUGUACUGGAUUGCACGAAGAUACAAUAUCCCGGUGCUGACGAUCGUUCUGAACAAUAAAGGUUGGAACGCGCCGCGGAAGAGCAUGCUGCUGGUGCACCCCCAUGGAGACGGGUCACGCGCCACGAAUGAAGACCUCAACAUUUCGUUCGCACCUACCCCUGACUACCCCGGAAUCGCCAAGGCAGCGUCUGGAGGACAUAUCUGGGCGGGUACUGCAGCCACGGUUGCCGAGCUGGGUAAGCUGCUCCCGGAGGCUAUUCAGAGUGUGUUGAAUGGGACGGGCGCUGUUUUGGAGGCCCAGCUGGACGGGAGAACUGGCAAAUAUGUCGCGAACUCGUAG